AUGAGAAAAAAUAUUACAAAAAGUGGACAAGCCGCUGAAAUUAAAAAGAAGUGGAAGUAUGAAGAUUCAAUGUCAUUUGUAAUUCCAUUUUUUAAAGAAAGAGAAACACAAACCAACAUAGCAGAACCUGAUAGCUUGAGUGACGGAUCGAAUGAUGAACACGAAGGUAUGGAGAGCGUUGUUAUUACUGGGGAUACUUCAGAACAAAAUUCUAAUAACAACAUAAAUCAGAAAUCUACAGCAUCUCCAAAAAAAAGUUCAUCUAGGUAUUUGCUAAACAAAAGAAAAUUUGAAAAAACAGAGACAGCUUCAUCUGUACUAAUGAAAUAUUUAGUAGAAAGUUAUAAGCAAGAAACAAAAGCCACUGCUAAUGAUCAUCCAAUAGACAUAUUUUUCAAUAGUCUAGCCGCUACUGUAAAAACUUUUUCACCCGAGUACCAGCAUAUGGCAAAGUCAAAACUUUUCAAUGUUGUAUCCGAACUAGAGUGGGCACAUUUACAAAGUAAGAAUACAAAUUACCAAGUGCCAACAUCAAUGAAUUUUCCAGCUCCAGACAACAGGUCAAAUAUACACCCAAUACCAUUUAUUCAAACUCAAAACAUCCAAAAAGCAGUCCAUCCACAACAACAAAUUUAUGAAAUUUCACGUGCGUCAAACUCAUCUACUCCAAAUGAUUCAUUUAUGUUUAGUCACACUCAAACACCUUCACCUGUAAGUUCCGGAAGGUCAUCUGCACAAUCUUAUUUUGAAAAUUUUCAGCCAAAUUAA